AUGGUUCAUGGCCACAAGCGGAGAAGCAGUGCACCGUGCGCUGACUCAUUGAAGGCCCCAGACCUGGGACUGCCCAGGCAGGCAGCCUUCCCUAGCGAGGGCAGAGGGGACACAGACCUGAACCAGUUACCAAGAACCAAAGAGCCCAAGUCACUCCAAGGCUCCUUGAAAAGAAAGCAGGCCAUCAGCCUGUCUCCUGUCAGCAAGAGGCCCAAUGGCUUUGUGGACAACUCCUUCCUGGAUAUGAAGAGAAUCUGUGUUGGGGAGAGCCUCCCUGCAGGGCAAGGCAGCCUCCACGUCAGUAACGGACCGAGUCAGCUCCUGGUGGGGGCCGCGCCCGGGAGCCAGGCACCCCUGCGAAAGGCCAGCACCCUGCCUCCACCGGCACACUCGCCCGGCAGCAGCCUGUUCAACACGGGCUUGAAGGAGGUGAAGAAGGAGCCAGGAGAGGCCCUGUCUUGCAGUAAGCACAUGGAUGGACAGAUGGUCCAGGAGAGCGUCUUUCCUGAUAGGUUCGGAGACGAGCCUGGGGAGCAGCUCAUGGACCCGGAGCUGCAGGAGCUCUUCAAUGAGCUGUCCAACAUCUCCGUGCCACCCCUGAGCGACCUGGACCUGGAGAACAUGAUCAACGCCACCAUUAAGCAGGAUGACCCGUUUCACCUUGACCUGAGCCAGCAAAACCAGAGGAGCACGCCCAGGCCCUCCCUGUCCAUGGAGAAGAUAGUAAUCAAAAGUGAAUUCUCACCCGUCCUGACGCAGGGCCCCUCCAGCUCUCCUCAGCUGAGGCCCCCAUCGGCCGGCCCGGCCUUCUCCAUGGCCAGCUCUGCCCUUUCCACUUCAUCCCCAACCCCGGCUGCCCCUCAGGGUCAGGCCCAGGCCCAGGCCCAGACGGCGCCCGGAGUGAGCCGGGCCCUGCCGGGCUGGCAGGAGGUGUCCCAUGCCCAGCAGCUCAAGCAGAUCGCAGCCAGCCGCCAGCAGCAGGCCCGGACACAGCAGCACCCACCAGCCCCGUGGCCGGCCCUGCCCUCGUCCACCGGGCCAUCCCCAGCCGCGUUUGGGCAGGAGAAGAUCCCCAGCCCUUCCUUUGGCCAGCAGCCGUUCAGCCCGCGAGGCUCCCCCAUCCCUGGGGUAGCUGGGAGCAGCAACCAGCCAAAAGUCAUGGCUAGCUACAUGUACAAAGCCGGCCCUGCGGCCCCGGGGGCCCCCCUGGACGCACUGCUGCAGCAGAAGCCUCCAGAGCUCAGCCGGAGCUUCCUCAACAGCUCGCACCAAGCCUUGGAGCCCCGGCCGGGCAACACCAAGCCUCUGUUCCAUUUUGGCUCAGAUCAAGCAAAUCAGCAGUUGCCUUCUGUGUUGCCUUCCCAGAGCAAGCCUUCACUCCUACACUACACACAGCAGCAGCUGCAGCCACAGCAGCAGAACUCACUUGUAAAUCAGCAGCAGCCGCCGCCGCCAGCACCCCAGGCCAGCCAUCCUCUGUCGAGCCAGCCGCUGCUGAGGUCUCCGCUGACACUUCAGCAGAAGAGCCUGCUUCAGAAGAUGCAGAAUCCCUCCCUCCCAGGCCUGGGCUGUCAAGUUGCACAGCCGCACCGACAGGAUCAACACUCUGUGGUGGGCCAGAACACGGGCCCCAGUCCAACUCCCAACUCCUGCUCGAAUCCAAACACUGGAAGUGGCUACAUGAACUCCCAGCAAUCCUUGUUGAAUCAGCAGUUGAUGGGGAAGAAACAGACGCUGCAGAAACAGAUCGCAGAGCAGAAGCAGCAACUCCUUCUCCAGCAGCAGAUGCUGGCCGACGCGGAGAAAAUCACACCACAAGAGCAGAUAAACCGACAUUUGACAAGGCUGCCCCCAGAUUACAAAGACCAAAGAAGAAACGUGGGCAGCCUCCUGCCAGCAGCCCAGUUCUCCGGUGGCUCAUCCUCGGUGAGUUUAAACUCUAACCAGGCUUUGACAAACCCAGUUUCAACACACGCCAUUUUAAAUCAAAACCCCAGCCUCAUGUCUGCUUCCCAUGCGACCAGAGCGCCGUCCUUGCCCACGGCAGCCCACAGCGCAGGGGUGUACACAGCUCUGCCCUGCGGCCAGCCUGGCACCUGUGGCGCCUCGCCCGGCGUGAAUCAGCUGACCCAACAGAGAAAUCCAAACCAACUGCUAGCAAACCCAAGCAACUCUCUGCUGCCACAGCCGUCAACGUUAGGGCCAAACAGCAGCAGUGAUGUGGCCACCAGGGCCCUUGGGUUUGGAGCUGGGACUGCUGGCAAUUCACAACUGAGACCAAAUGUAACCCACACUAUGGCAGGCCUGCCCGGCCAGAGACCGUCAUCAUCGUCAUCAUCCUCCUCCUCGUCAGCAUCAGCAUCGGCGUCCAGUGGGGUGGCCACGCCCCACAGGGCCACACGGACCUGGGCCUCUCCCGGAGUCACGGCCAGCCAGCAGGUCCCCUUGGGGGUAGCGGGAGGGCGCUUCCCCACAGCCUACACCCCCGGUCAGCCUCCGCAGCCCCCCCAGGGGACAGCGGCCCCGCCAGGCCAGCUGACACCCACAGUGCAAAUGAGGCCCGCCAGCCAGACGGGGCAGACGCUAAGUGGACAGACCGUGGCCCCCCCCAGGGGCAUGAGCCUCAGACCCGGGCAGCUUGGCACACAGGUUCUGUCUAAUCUGACCCCAACAGGGGCAGGGUUGAAUCUGCCCAGGACCGUCAUGAGCCAGCUGCCACCUCUGACUCCCAGUACUUUUCCUUCCUCGGACCAGAGCUCCAGCGCUUUCCAGGGCAGUGAGCAGGUCAGCGAGCUGGCCUUUGACCUCCUCGGCCGGCAGGCCGACAGCGUGGGCCCGGCACUGGACAGCGACGUGGACUUCAUCGACUCUCUGCUGAGGACAGAGACUGGCCACGAUGACUGGAUGAAGGACAUCAGUCUUGACGAAAUCCUGGGGAGCAACUCCUGAGGAAAGAACAGCAGAUGGCAGACCCCCAGCCCUUGGGAGCAGGCUGUGAAGGACACCCCCGGGCCAGGCCGAGCGCAAGACUGCCGCACACACGC